AUGCACGCUUCGUGCCUGACACAGUUUGUCUUCGUGACUCUUAAUGCAUUCUUGUUGUUCGUUGUGGCGAACAAUGACUUUUGUGCAAGCGUUUUUGAAACUCAUGUUGAUUUCACUUUACUUGAUCACGUCAUCAACAAAACUGAUGUUGCCGACGAGCUUGAAUGUCAGCUAAAAUGUAUGGGAAACAAAAGUUGCAAGUCGUUUAAUGUUCACCGCUAUGGCAAUAAUGCGAAGAAGCUUUUCGAGCUCAACAACAAAACCCGGCAGAUGAAGCCAGGUGAUUUUAAACGGAAGAAAGGAUCUACAUACUAUGGUUCAGUUCAGGGCACUUGUGUGGAUGUUUCUCGUCAGCGAAGCGGCAAAACGAAGGGCAGCCAGUGUCAUCCGAACUACAAAGGAAAAUUGUGCCAAACACUGAGACUUGGCCAGUCUGCUGCAAAUCCUGGAAAAUCUUGCAAGCAUAUUCUUGAAUCAAAAGACUCUGAAGGAGAUGGGGAAUACUGGAUCGACCCUGAGGGCAAAGGAAAUCCUUUGAAGGUCUACUGUGAUAUGAAAACUGACGGAGGAGGCUGGUUACUUGUAGCAAACUUUGUUUUGAACUCUACUUCACCCCCUGACUGGACCGCUGAGUCAUCAUACCGCGUAAUCAGAAACUUUGCCAACAACAAAAUGGGUAUCUCAGUGAGUGCACUGAAAGAACUCAGGUCACACUUGUCUUUCACUCAGCUACGAUUCCACUGCAGUAAGAAACAAGGUCGUACGUUCCACGUGACCACGGUCAGUAACAGCACCGGUGAAGCUGUGGUUGAGUACUUCAGCGGCCAGAAGGAUAUGCGUCCCGAUUCAUGUGGGUCUUUUCAGAGAAUGGAAGACGACAACUCUAAGUUGGUCAUUGAGUGUGAGAGUUGGAGUAAUGACGGAAAAUGGGGAUUUAAUGGAGGCGAUGUGGAACGGAGGCUGUACACAGGGUUCGCACGCGUUCCACGCAGCUAUCCUUGGAAUAUACUAGAUGGAUCCUGGUAUUGCGAUGAUUGGGAUCAUGACCCCGUUUCGCCAGGAGAUUUUUGGAAAAUCUAUGUGCGCUAAAUAAUUAGUUCAACCAAAUAUCAAAACAAUGUUUGGUUAAGUUUUGACCCAGGGUGGAACUACAAUUUCUCACUCUGUAAAAAGACAAACAAAUUGCUUUCAGUCAUUCGUUUGUUGACGCACGUCAUAAGAUGAAAACCUCGGUUGUAAGAUUUUCAGGUUUGCACGAUAACCUCAACACUAGCUUGUUCUCAUAAUGAUCGGUGUUUUAUCGCUAUACAUUUUCUUUUUAAUUAAGUAGUGUUAUAAAGUAGUUUGUCAUAUCUUGUAUAUGCGUUGGCAUUUUGCAUGAUGACAAGGACAA